AUGGCACUCUAUUAUGGAGGUCAAGGAUUUGUAAAAUACACGAGUCCGCUGUGUAUCUCCUGGGUCUCAUUCAUGCCGCUUUCUCCGCCCUUAUCUGCUAACUUUACCCCACACAACGAAUUCAACAAAGACAAUUCUGCCACAAUCAUCAAGAAGUGUCGACGUGAUGGUAGACACACCAACCCAAAACUAGGAAACGAUCGAGACGUUGCCAUCACCCGCAGACUUUUUCACGCUCUUUGUAAAUACGUACAGAAUUUCCAAAAGCUAGUCAUGUCUUCCGACAAGCAUGCCUCCUUACCCGGCACCCCCGUGGCUGAUGUGGGACAGAAGGUUACAGGUCACGUCUUUCUAAGGUUACCCGAGGAGCUUCGACUCCAAGUUCUGGAGUAUUUUCUCGUUGCAAAACAGCCCAUCACCAAUCCUUGGAUGGAGAGUGACCUGGACGGUGACAACGGGGAGAACGUACACACAUGGAAGAAGGGACUCGACAUCAGUAUGCUUCUGGUAUCGAAGGAUAUGCAUCGUCUGGGGAUAAAGUUACUGUACGGACGAAACACGUUCCGCUUCACUCGUCGUCCAUUGAUGAAAGUGAGAGGCGCCACCUCGGGGGAAGAUGACUCUCGCCGCAUGCAGCCAGUUGGAGCUAUGGUGGCAAACAAUUUCCGUGUUUACAUGAUUCUCAGUGGCUUCUGGGUCAAAGAAUACAGGUUCUCGGGUGUCUUCACCAAGCGCCUUCUGAAUGAUGAUGGCAGCCUGCCAACUGAGGAUGAGAACAGAAGUGACCUGGACGGAAUGGGAGGAGAUUCGCAGACAGUUUCGGAGGCGUCUGAUCAUGGCGAGGAGUUACUAAGUCUGGUGGAAGAGGAUGAUAGCUCCGAUGCAGACGUUGAAGGCGUAUCGGGACACUCAGACAACGACAAUUCGGAGACUCAGGUCGAAGCAGUUGGAAUUGAAGGGUGAGUUUUUGGAGUAUAAUUGAUGGUGAGGAAGAAACGUCGAGAUGGCUGUAUUCAUUGGAUAAGAGUGUUGGACUAUAAUAGAGAGAAGCAUGUGAUAAAAUUAGGUCUUGAGUACUAUUUGAAAAGAAGAGGGCUUCUUCGACAUGAGUGUGUGCUAGAAUUUGUCGCAAAGACUUUGGAAAAUUGUCCCCGUGAAAAUCCAUCUUAGAAGCCUUU